AAUCGACGAAUUAGGUAAAAAAUAGUAAGAAGACUCGCAAACAACACACCCACUCCCAGCGCAAACUUUUUGGCUUUCCGUUCUUUAAUAAGUUCACCGCUGUAAGGAGGCGCUAGUAGUUUUGUUUACAAAUAUGACAUGUAUUGUCUUGGAAACGGACCACAGUCGCAAUUUUUAUUAUUCCAUAAGGGUCAACCAAUUGACAUAUGUCAAAAAUUAAGAAUGAAUGCACCACAACUACCUCCUAUUGGCCAAGCCCAUUAUUCGCAUUAUCAAGGAAUUUCCCAACUUGAUACAAUUGAAGGUCGCUUACAGCAGCAAGAGCGAUUGUCAGAAGUCCUGAUUAAUCAAGCUUUGAAAAUUAAGGAAGAAAUCCUCCAAGAAUUAAGAGAUGGUUCUGGUGCAAAAGUGCAACCAGCUAAACUGAUGCUUAAGGAACAUAUUGCCAUGAUAACAAAUGUUGUCAACAGUUUGAAUCAUGAUAUACAGAAGAUGGAAAAAAAGAUCGGCUCUCGAGACUAUGCCUUAUCAGAAAGUAAUAAAGCCAUAAAAUCAUUAGAAAUACAUCAUGCCAAGUCUUUGACUGAUCUGAAGGCUCGUAUUGUGAGAUGUGAUUCUUCAAUUGCCAAGCUGAAUUCGAUUCAAAAACAAUGCAACGAUGCAAUCAAAUUCCAAACGGACUGUGUGAAUAAUUUAGAGAAAGAAUUAGAGAAACUACGUCAUGAAACGGAAUACAAGCUUCUUACUGUAUCUGGCAAACUCGAUAAAAACUCUACUGCAUAUCAAAGGAAUAUCGAAAGUAUUCAAGCAAAUUCAAAUUUAAAUGUAUCAAAUGUAGAAACAAAAACUCAAAUGCUCUUUGAAGAGAUAAAAACCUCAUUGGAGUCACAAAUUCGGAAUAUUGAAAACGAUGUUAAAAAUUUGGAUUUGACGUUGAUGAACAGCGUAAGACAAGAAAACAAUGGCCAGCUCCAACAUUUGUACACAAUUGAAGAAAAAUGGCUUCAGAAACAGCAAGAGAUUGAACAACAGUUUAAAAACUUUGAAAAAAAGUUAAGCUCUAAUGAGAAAUCAUUGGAUGAGUUUAAACACUCUAUGAAAGAUCAAUUAAACACUGUCUAUAAGCAACUCCAGAAGAACAUGGACCAUUGGAAAGAAGAGUGUCGGAGCGGAUUUCUGGCUGUUCAUGAAGGACUUAGCAACAUGGAUAAAAUAGUAGAUGGCAAAUGCUUGCUUAUGGAACAGUUACUGCGGAAAGAAAUCAGUCAGAUAAGGAAAAUGGUAGUUCUUAUGUGAUAUCAUUGACCAUAUAUUUUAUGGUAGCACAGCACAUUUCAUUAGUUUAUAACACUGACAGUGAGCAAGUAAACUGAACAUACAGUAAUAUAAUUUGCUCUGUGUUGCUCUUUUCUCAUUCAAAAUUUCGUUGAAUGAAAUGACUAUCUUCCACACAAAAUUGCAUUUUUCAUAUGCCCGUUUACCAAGGUAUGUGUUCUUGUUUUUUUACAUGCAUAUAAAAUACACAAUGGGAACUUAUACAUUAAUAAAUGUAUAUUUACAAAUAAAGUUAUUGCCUUUAAGCUAGACAAUCAAACCAUAGUAGAGGUGCAUUUGAGCAUGACUUUAAAUAUUUAUAUAUAAAGCCAUGUUCAUAUAUAUAUAUAUAUAUAUGUAUUGUAUAUAUUUUAAGCAAGCAUAUUAAUUAUUUUAUCAACCACAGAUGUAUUUAUGAACAUUGAGAGUAUUGACCUAUGCAGUCUUUAACCCUUUAGUAUUUAAGCCAACCAUAUCCAGCCCUAAUAUCUCACCUGUUUUAUGUUCAAACUGGCCGUAUUUGGCCUCUCACACUUACCCUA